CUCAGUUUAAUAAAGUUUCAGUGAAGAUGCUUGUUGACCUGGAUCAGACUCCGCGGUCUCUGCUGGUCUGUGACCGGUCCAGUUUCCUGGAUGAGAAGAACCGGAUCAGUUCCCAGGUGGAGCUUCAGCACUUCAACUACAAAGUGUCUGUGCUGCUGCCUGAGUGUAGCUCCCCUCCCUCUCACCUGGACUCUGUGUUAAACAGUUUCAGCAGUUUCUACCUGAUCAGAAAGCUGCCCAUACAUGAACUGCUGGAUAAAGACUUCCUGGAGACUGCUGUGUACCAGGGUGGUGUGUAUGGUCUGUCUUACGGGACCAGGGUAGAUGAGGAUAACUGUGUCGCUUUGAUGCCAAAUGGUCGUCUGUGUCUCUCUCUGGAUAAAGAUUCCUUCCAGGUGUUGGGAGUUGAGGGGAAACCGUCCCGAUUCAACCACAGAACAAACAGCAGAUAUGUAGUGUCUGUAGAUCUGACUGACAGCAGCAUGGCUCCUGGCGGGCGGGGCCACCUGAGACUCCUCACCGGUCUUAAGUCACGACUUUGCCUGAAGACUGACUUCCUGCUGUCACAUCAUCCAGGGGGCAGAGCCUCUCUGCAGCCCCUUCUGUCUGGUCAGGACUGGUCAGAGCACAGACCUGAGAUCAGCAGUCGCGCUCUUACACACCUCUCCUGUCCCACCCUGCUGACCUCUGACCUGCAGUCAUGUGACCCCCACAGCUUACUGGAGUGGCUCGGAGCCGUGGACGCGGACGUCAGCUGUGAGAACUCGUCCAGCAGCUUCCUGUCCUCAUUGGUCUGUCCUGAACCAAAGACAACGCUGAGUGGAGCUCUGAGCAUCUCUGUCAGUGGACUGCUGCUUCCUCAGGACAUCCACCGAAUCAUCCAGGAGAUCAGGUCUUACCUGGAGCAGCCUCGGCUGGAGUCCUGGGUGUCUCUGACGGUUCAUGGUUUUGUUGACAGUCCAGUAUCAUGGGGGGGCAGCGAGCACGGAUUCCUGAGAGGAGGAGAGAACUUCUACACCCUUCUGAUGUUCCAUGAUCACACCUACCACCUACACCUUGCUACAGGAGCACACAACACCUGUCCACCAUGAUGAUGUCAUCAGCAGGUGUCUGUAUUGUUCUGUUGAACUGUGAGUUCUUUAAGCUUUUUAGUUUUUAUUUGUACUUGGAUCAGGUUUUGUUGUAGAAACUUGUUUCAGGUCAGUUUUGAUAAAAAUGUCUCAAACUAAAUCAUUUAGACAAACAAAAUCUGGGUUGAAAAAAGGUGAAUUUAACUAAAUUUGUGUUAAGAUUCUUUUUUUUGUUAAUUGAACUGACGAGAUUUAAUCAAAGCUCAUAAACACCACAUGUGAACAAGCCAUCAUUCAGCAACUGCUGAUUAAAAUCAAUGUUUUAUAAUUGUCUUCAGACAAAACCAAAAUUACUCCAGCUCCCCUGUGUGUUUGUAUAUCAACAUUUUAAACCAUUAGUUUUUCUCAAUGUUACUGUGACACAGCUGACUGUGGGUACAGAGUUCUGCGUUUGCCAAAGAUCCAGCUUUUUCAGAUUUACGCACUCUGUUUGGGGACAGGUCGGCUGUUUUGGUCUGUAAAGAGGGCUGAAACGGAGAAAAGUAGAUUGACUUAUUUUAGACAUACUCCAAUAUUCAUUAUUCAGGAAACAGACACAAGAUGACAUGGUUUAGCUCAGUUAAGUACCCUGAAUGAAGAGACAGACUAUCUGCUGCCAUCCACAUGAGCUGCAGGCCAGUUAAACCAGUUAUCAGAAAAUAAUCUGAUUUAUCCCUUAACUGACGUUUUAGGGGACUGAUGUCAGUAUCCUGAUAAUUCAUAAAAAUGGUGAUAUUCAGUUGUGUUGAUGUGCUUACAUUUAUAAAAGCCCUUUCCACCACUUAAAAUAAAAAUCCUCCACCAACUUUUGUCAUUAUUAACCUGUUUUCUUCAUGAUUUAAGUCCUAAAAUAACACUCAUCAGAUGCUAUCUAUUUAUAUAGUUAAUCACUAAAUAAUUAUUCUCGUACCGCAGUCUAAUUAUGAUUUAUUUUGUCACAAAUAUGAACAUGAAAACAAUGUGGGGAGUGGGUUUUUUUCAGAGGUAGAAAAUGUAUAAAUAAUUACUAUUUUUAUGGUUGGUUUGAGUCGGUGGAUCAAGUUUAUUCGUUUUUCUGCAGCGUUGAUGAGCUUCUUUGACCAGUGAUUAACUUUUCUUUCAUAAUAGCCAAAAAUAACAAAGAAAGCAGGAGCUUAUUAUUUACUGAAGAGGUUAAGUUUGUACUGGGCAUGUUUUUAUUAGUUCCAGCCUGUUUGUUUGUCUAAAUAUCAUCUGAUUGUUCAGUCCUCACAAAAUAAAACAUCUAAACAUUACCAAGGAAACCAGAUCAUUACUGUCAGAUACUGUGAAUAGGUUUUUAUUUGACUGGUUCUGUUUGAUGUAUUUGAAUUUUUUUUUUGUAUCACUUUUUUUGUACAAAAAGAACUGCCAAAUGAUUUAGAAAAGUUCUUUACAAAGUUCCUGUUAUUUUAUGAAUGUGUUGCAGUAGUGUGGAGUCCUGACAGUCACACUGAAGCUGGAUUGAAAACGUCUGAGCAGUAAAGACUGAGAUCACUGAC